UCUAGCUACUUUAGAAAAAGAAACAAGAAAAAACAGACAAUAUUCUACUUUAAACUAAUCUAAAUCACAAAAAGGAAGUUAAACUCAUAUACAAGAGAGAAAGCACAUGUAUUCUAACCAAUUUGACUGCCCACAUUUGCAAAGUACCUUAAGUUAGAUGUUACAGCUAGCUUUUAAGAUAAAGAAAAAAAGAAAGGGAAGAAUUGAAAAGUAGAUGUUACUGUCUAGCUGUCCUAUAUGGAUCAGUUAUAUUUCAUAUUACAAGCACAACUCCCACAUUCUUUGACACUACCACAUACUUCUCCUUCUCUCUCUCUCUCUCCCUCUCUGACAGCAAAUAUGGUACAAUCAAAGAAGUUCAGAGGGGUCAGGCAACGCCACUGGGGCUCCUGGGUUUCUGAGAUUCGUCAUCCAUUACUGAAAAGAAGGGUAUGGCUUGGGACAUAUGAGACAGCUGAAGAAGCAGCAAGAGCGUAUGAUGAGGCAGCAAUUUUGAUGAGUGGGAGAAAUGCCAAAACAAACUUUCCAGUCGUCACAAAUGAAAUGGCUGCAGCUAACGAUCUUAACAACAACUCUGGCAACAGCAACAACAACUCUUCCACCUCUUCCACAACACUUUCGGCAAUCCUCAGUGCCAAGCUUCGCAAGUGCUGCAAGUCCCCGUCUCCUUCCCUCACUUGCCUGAGGCUGGACACAGAGAAUUCCCUCAUCGGGGUCUGGCAAAAGGGUGCUGGACCCCGGUCGGAUUCAAACUGGCUGAUGAUGGUUGAGCUGGACCAGAAGAGUCGUUUGCAAGCACCCCAGUCAGAAAUUAGUAGUAGUACCUCUUGUGCUUUGGACACUGAGGAAAUGGCAGGAGGGCAGGAAGGUGGGGAUGUUGAUGAUAGGAUGAUGGAUGAGGAGGAAAAGGUUGCAUUGCAGAUGAUAGAGGAACUUCUGAAUAGAAAUUGACUAAAUUUGCCACUUAAGUUGGUAUAAUCCCUAUCAAUCAUCACAUGGAGGUUGAUCAACACACCAAAGUGUGCGAGGGAUGUCCAUGUGCUUAGUCUUGUCAAUGGGGAUUGUAUUUGUUGGGUUUGUUUCUUUGUGUGACUGUGAGUCUGUGACCUCAUAAGGAGGAGAAAAUAUAUUAGGUAUACGUCUCCAUCUAUCUCCAUAUAUUUGUAACCCCUAUAAAAUGUGUCACUCUAGAAACUCUUUGGUUGGUAUACGAAAUAAGGAACACACAUGAGAGGUAAUACUAGUCACAAUAUAUUUGUUAAAAUUAGGGCUUGCGAUGAGAUAUGUAUGAUAACCAAAAUUGAUUAAAUGAUUGUGGUUUUCACUUUUAAGUUCUCCCUCUCGCUGUUCAGCAAAAAAUUGAAUAAUUAACUUGUUCUUGUAUAAGCCCAAAAAUAUAUAAGUGGCACUGAUGAACGGGAUUGGCAGCAAGAUAAGUGGCACUGAGAUUGUCACAAUGAAGUAACACUGGAAAAGAUAAGCUAACAUCAAGCUCUCGAAGAGGAAAGCAAAGCCAUGUAGUUUCAACACAAGCAUGAGUAAGAGAUCGGUAUUCAGAUUUGGCACUAGAGUAGGCGACUGUUGACUGCUUUUUGGAGUACCAGGAGAUGAGAUUAGUGCACGAUUAACAAGGUAGCCAAUGGUAAAGCGGCGAGUGUCCAGACAACCCGUCCAAUCAGCAUGGGAUAUGCUAGUAAUGAGCCAUCAGAAGCAGUAAGACAACUUUCAAGCAAAGAAGAGUAGAGGCAGGCUUGCAAGAGAGCAUGCCAAAUUUCUGUAAGAGAUUAUGUGCAUACUUGAGCUGAUGGAUGUGCUUACCAUGUAGAAAUAUGACUCCCAUGUAUUGAUGUGUGUAAAUAUUACAAUCUAUAUAGAGGGUUAUACAAAUUCCAAUUUAGGUAGGAAUCCUACAUUAAUUACAAUUGGAAAAUUACAUUCCUAUAAUACAUGCAAUAAUUACGGAGAUGAUUCUGAAUUAAUUUUUUUAAUCUAGCAUAAUGUUUUGAUAUAGAGGGGACGUAUGCUAAUGUAGUUCAUCGUAUUGUUCUGGACAAUUAGAUCAUUGAUGUGAAUGUGGUUGCUAAUCGGAUAGCGAUAUAUGAAGUAAGUUUUCUCCCCUCUAAAUUUCGCUCAUCUCUCCUUCCUAUACAUCAAUAUUUUAUAAUGUUGACUUCUUUAUAAAAAGAGAAAUACAAAAGAAAGUGAAAGGGGAAGGAAGGGGAG